CCAAAACUUGAAAAUUCAGCAAACAUUUUGAGAAGAAACGAUGGAAGAAUUCUUCAAUAAAAGCGUUCCUCUCUUCCUAAAACACUCCGACCACGAAGACAGAAGAACUCGAGUUCGCAUCACUGUUGUCAACAGACUCGCUUCCUCUGGACCUCAAAAGGAACUGGCUGUACGGCUCACUGAUGAUGGAGAUCCUUUCUUUCUUUAUUCACUGGUUUUGACUGAAGAAGAUUUUCAAAGCCUCAAGAACCAACAAGGAUUAUUGGUGGACUUUGGGUCAUUUCCUCAGAAGUUUGUGGAUCUCCUUGAACUGUGUCUAAAAGAAGAAAACAAGGACAUGCCAAAGUUUCUUUUGCAGUUUGUAUCAUCGGCAGGAUCCUAUGAAAGAGGUGUUGGGAAUCUGAAUGUUAUUGAGACCAACCCCUUUAAGCACUUGACCCAUUUGUCACUGAGAUUCUUAGCAGGGAACGACACUGAAAUCAAGAAAUACCUGGCAGAUUGCUUAAAGAAAAUCAAGGAGGAAAAAUUAUCAUUAGAGAAUAGGUUAUCCAGUACAGAACAGGACCUUAGGCAACGAUUAGAAUCCUGUCAAGAGGUUCUUAAUUCCAAGUCAAAGCAGCUUGAUACACUCCAGGCUGAGUUUUCUGCUAAAUCCAAUGAGCUGUCGAAUAAGUACGCCCAGGAACUAACAGAAGAAAAACAAAGAAUUUUACAGAUGAAGAGCCAAACAAUGCAAGAAUUUGAAAGGGAGAGAAAGAGUCUAGAGCAGUCUCACAGGAACGUUGUCAAGGGUAUGGAAAAUCGUAUUGCUGAAAUCGAAGCACAAAAUAAGGAUCUUACAGACAAGAAGUAUCAAGCUGAAGCCAAGAUCCGUGAACUAAGUACAAAACUAUCAGGUCUUGAGGGGGAAUACAGCCACAUGAAGGAAGAACUAAUGACCCUGAGGCGUGGCAACUCUGUUCUAAAUUCCGAGCAGCAUGAGAAAGAUAAAACAUUAGCUCAUCUGCGCACAAGGGUGGCUGUACUGGAACAAGAAUUGAGAGACAAAGAGCAGGUAAUAUCAAGAACAAAUGAGCUGCUGCAAGCUGCUAAUGAACAAAAACAAAACCAGGAAAAUGUACUAGACCAGCGGCAAAAACAAAUUCAAAAGCUGGAAAACACAGUUCAAUCAGUAUCAGCUGAAGUUGUCAAGGGAAACGACAUAAUUCAGCGUCUACAGACUGAGCGACGCACAGUAAAAUCUCAGAUGAAAAUGAAGAGUGUUCUGGUAACUCAACAAGAGAAAGUUCUCAGUGAAAAGGAAAAGGAACUCCAGUCCCUAAAAAAAGAGUUUGAAACUUUGAAAGAAAGUCAAACGUCCAAGGAAGAAGAGAUAAAAAAGCUUGGUGAAACUUUGAAGGCAACAACAGAAAAGUUGGAAGAAAGUAAAGAAUUGCUGAAAACCAAUGAAAAUGUGAUAAAUUACCUAAACAAGCAGAUGAAUGAUCAGAUGAUUACCAGCCAACAGCGGCAUGGAACAUUUGAGCUUCACUCAUCUAAAGAUCCUCUGCUGUCUAAAGACGGAAUAAGUAUAAGUAAGACAAUAACUCCACCACAAGCCCUUGUCCCUCGGUACACCAACCAACAGGUUACAUACCGUCCAGCUGCUCAACGCAAGGCUACAUUUCCUCGUCCUCUUACCCAUUCCACCCCAACAAUCCCAGAAGAAGCGGAACCAAGGGGACGAGAAGCCACGCCCAUCACAACACCACACUCAAGAAAUAACAUUGAAAAUCAACCAGUACUAGAUCCUAAGUACCUCCAAAGAAGGAACCAUAUAAACGAGGUCCCAGCCAAGCAUAACGAUAACGUUCCUCAUGAAAAGAGAAUUCUGCAACCGAGUGUGCGGUUUGGGUCCAAUGCGCGCCCAGGUGCCGCACAACCGCCUCUCAUGUCUGCUUAUUUUCCAAAGAAUACGUAGUUAAAGUAUAUAAGGGUUGGUGGGAUUCUAACAUACUUUUUUUUUCAACAAAAACAGAUUGUAAUGGAAUAAAUGGGAUAUCGUGUAAAUAAAUAUACUUAAUAAAUAUAUGC